AUGAAUCCACACGCCCUUGCGCUAGGUGACGCCGACAAUGACGGAGAUAACGAAUUUGUCAUUGGCAAUCUCAAUGGCGAUCUCGCCAUUUUUAAAGGGGAAUGUGCUGCUGGUCUCCCUACAUUUGUCUGCCGUGGUUUAGGAACGAUUACCUGUAUUGCUAUUGGCGAUGUGAAGAAUUGUGGCAAGAAUUCAAUUAUAUGCAUCAAUGCCGAAGGACACGCGCAUAUUUUUGAUAUACCUUUGCUGGCUCAACCAGAAACAGGCCCUUUGACAGGCAGUGCCAAUUAUGCGCAACAUCAAAUGUCGGUCGAUGAAUAUUUGCGCCACGGUCGUCGGUCCUCCGAUACUGCCAGCAUCCAAGCAUUUCGACGAAUGAUGAGCGCCAAUGCGGGCCAUGCCUCGACGGAUGAUCCUUCGCGCCCUGUACCUGAAUAUGCCAAACCUUCGUCGACGCGAAUUCAUGAUUUACAAUCUCCCUCUUUCACGCUUAAAGUGCCUGUUAACGUCAAUAAAAUCCUCAUUGCCGAUAUUGACGGAGACUCCUUGAAUGAGAUCAUUCUAGCCCGCACGGAUCGAAUUCUUCAUGCCUUUCAAUUAUUACGAUCAGAAAUCACGCCUUGUUUGGACCACAUUCAAAAAAGCUUUGGUCCUUCCUCAGUCACUUCACCCUCUACAUCUACAUCCUCUACUAAUAUUGCCGGUCAAUCAAAUCAAUAUCACCAUCAAAGCUAUCUCCCAUCAACGCUUCAAUCAUCUCUUUCCGCAUUAUCCGUCAGCAAAGAAAAGAAUAGAAUCAACUCCAAACGUGGAUCGGUGGGCACCACUGAUUCCAAAGAAUCCAAGUCGAAUGUUUUACGAAAAGGCAUGGGAUGGUCAAAAUCAAGUAAAUCUCUUUCCAAGGAACCUUCGAGAGAAGCUGAAGCACCGAAAAAGGCGGCAGUGACUCCAACGUAUAAAGAGGAAGAUGCUGUGUUUUUACUCCAAGACAAAGAUAUGUGGGUCUUUGAUGGCCAGAUCACAUCUCUGUCCACUACAUGUCAUCCGGAAAAACCGCAUGAACCCAUCUUACUCGUUGCACAACCAGGAAACACAUUCAUUAUCAUUGAUAAAGACGGCAAUCGAUUUAACCAGGAUUUCACCCCGCAAUAUGUACCUCGUACGUAUUGCGGCAAAAAUGCUCCUCAGAGACGUCCUCAACCUAUGGUAUUGCCAAUGGACCCUAAUCGGGAGGAAGUAUCAUCGAACCCUGAUCCUGGUCCAACAACUGGGGAUCGUCCUGAAGAUGAAGUCGCUGAUACAUCCAAGGCUGACGAUGGGCCGUUAUCGAAUCUCAAGAGAGCCACACGAACAUUUCGGUCGUUCUUGCAACGCAACCAAUCUCGCAAUAAUGCGACUGACUCCGACACCGAUCCGGUGUUUUUGAGUACGGAUGAAGAUGGAAUGGGGAAGAUCAUGGACAUUGCUGGCAAUGAAAUCAAACGGUCCAACUAUGUUGUUCAAAACUGGCCGGUAAUGGAUGGCGAUGAUAUGGUGGGCGAUGAGGACAACAGUGCCGUGGCGACGGAACUGGUGAUCGGUAAACGACAUCCACGUUCUUUUCCGGACACGCAUCGCGAAACGAUGGACAUGGAAAUUGGCAUGCUCAGUAUGGAUGGCAAAUUUAGUAUUUAUGAUUUGCGUACCAAGACAUCGUCUGUGCGAGACUUAUUUGUCACACAUAAGCUCUUCAGUUUAGCCACGCUUGAUGUGUCCAGUACCACGGGUCUUUAUUUUCGGCGGAAUUCCUUGACAAGCAGCAAAGAUAUUCCAAUACAGUUCGGAAAUGGAUCGUUGGAUUCGCCUCAACUUCGAUUCCAUUCGCCGCUCGCUCGUGCUGACUCGCCUUCGUUCCCCCACGGUACAAAAUUGGAUCAAUCCGACGCACCGUCGCCUGCUCUAAGUUCAUUAUCCAAACUGUCCGUCAUGACAUCCAAUAACACGGAUCGCGGUGAAGGCAAAGUGUCCAAAGAUACCGAAAGCAUUACGGUGACACCGACCAGUGUCACUUCUGAUGCACACAACGUCCAUGCCACGGCUGACCGAGAGAUCAAUCACGCGACGUUGGAAGAAGCAAGUGACAUAAUGGAUAACAUAGACACGAGCGAACAGCUUACGGUGCGUUCCAGUUCACAACGCAGUAGUCGGGCCAGUUCCAGUAUUUACGAGAGUUCAUGGAGCGAAGGAAGUGAAAACGAAGAUGUACCGGAAAGUGAGCUAUUUGUCGCUUGUGCGUGGAAUGGUGUGACCUACCUUAUCGACUGGAGUAAACGAGUGGAAGAAGAUAUCGACGCUCAAAGUAGAGCCAAAUCCAAAAUCAAGUUUCAGCUUGUCAAAUUUGCAUUUGAAGGACGUGUCUGUGCUUUCACAGCAGGCUCCUACGCAGUGACGCCGGGUCAUAAUGUACCAUGCUUAUUUUACGUCGACUUUGAAGAUCAGAUCUUUGUUUAUUACGACGUUCAUAUCUCUCCUGGACCAGUUACUGGUUUUAUCGAUACAAUUGACGAUGAUAUCGAGGAAUCAUUGGAACGCAUCAUUGGUAUUGAAAGUGGAAUCAAGGUUCUUUCAGAACUGAAUGAGGAUAAGCAUGCUGUAUCGGGAGAGCACGAUGUCAAUAUGACGGAUCUUGGUGAUGGUUGGAAAGGUAUAGCGGACGGGGACGUCGUAUACAAUGCGGGCUAUGACGAUCAAAACGAAGAGCAUCAGAUUCUUAAUCUCACCAAUACCGAACUUGAUUUGGCGGAUUUCAUUCACGAGUGUUUGUAUGGUUUCGAAGACCUUAAAGAACGAUUGGAAACGGAUCUCCUCAAGGUUGAGCAUCAGCGGCUCUCUCAUCAUCUUCCGGUUGGGGUGGAUAUUCGACGACUGUCGGAUUUGAAUAUUACUAUAGAACCGCCUCUAGAGCGUGAAGGAUCCGAUGAAUCAGACGGUGAAUUGAGCCACGCUUCCCAGUCCCCAUCUCCGCGAAACAGUGCGAGUCGCGGCUCAAACGAUUCCGUCGACCCGUUGCUGGCGUGGAUGACAGAAACAUUAAACAAGGAAAUUUAUCCGUAA